AUGGCUCUCUCCGACUUUUCCCAUGGAGCGUCUUCAUCCUCUGAUACCAACCUUGUUUGGAAUUACGAUGUGUUCCUGAGUUUCAGGGGUGAAGACACCCGUAAGAACUUCACCGACCACCUUUAUGAAGCUUUGAAGAGAAGCGGGAUUCACACCUUUAGGGAUGACGAAGAACUCAUGAGAGGGGAGGAGAUCUCGUCAAAACUACUGAAAGCAAUCGAAGAAUCAAAGAAGAACAAACGGCAUGUUGGUGUAUCUUGUAUUUUACGCGACAUUGAUCCAUCAGAUGUUCAGAAUCAGAGUGGGACAUGA